AUGAUAUCAUAGGAAAAAUAUUUCAAUAAUGCAGAAGAGUUUUUAAAGUCUUCUCUUUAAUCUCAUUAGGUUCUCCAUAUCGAUCUGAUGUACCAUAAAAUUGGUUAUAAAGAUGCAUCAGAUUUAGGUUCUACUUUAGCAAAGUGUGCUAAUCUCUCAAAUUUGACACUUUAACUUGGUUACAAUAAAAUUUGUGAUGAAGGUUCAAUAAGCAUAGGUCCUAGUUUAGGAUAGUGUACUAAUCUCUUAAAUUUGACACUUGAUCUUAGGUAAAAUGAAAUUAAUGAUGAAGGUGCAUUAGGCUUAAGUUCUGCAUUAACAAAGUACACUAAUCUCUAAUAUUUGGCACUUAAUCUUAGUGACAAUAAAAUUAGUGAUGAAUGUUUAUCAUGUUUAGUUUCUGAUUUAGCAAAAUGUGUUAAUCUUUCAAAUUUAACACUUGAUCUUGGGUACAAUUUAAUUGGUGACAAAGGUGUAUCAGGCUUAAGUUCUUCUAUAUCAAAGUGCACUAAUCUCUCAAAUUUAACACUUAAUCUUGAUAUCAAUUCAAUUGGUGAUGAAAGUGUGCCAGAAUUAGGUUAUGCUAUAGCAAAGUGCACUAAUCUGUCAAAUUUGACACUUAAUCUAAGUGGAGCUUAAAUUGGUGCAAUCGGUGCAUCAGGUUUAGGUGUUGGUUUAGGGAAUUGUACUAAUCUCUCAAAUUUGACACUUAAUCUAAGUCAGAAUGAAAUUGGUGACGUAGGUGUAUCAGGCUUAGGUUUUGGUUUAACAAAAUGCGUUAAUCUCUCAAAUAUGACACCUUUUCUUGUUAAAAUUGGCUAAGAAGGUUCAUCAGACUUAGAUUCUACUGUAGUAAAGCGCACUAAUCUCUCAAAUUUGACACUUUAUCUUGUUUCCAAUUAAAUUGGUGAUGAAGGUUCGUCAUGCUUAGGUUUUAAUUUAGGAAAAUUCACUAAUCUCUAAAAUUUGGUACUUGAUUUUACUGGAAAUUAAAUUGGUGAUCUUGGUGCAUUAGGCAUAUGUUCAAGUUUAGGAGAGUGCACUAAUUUCUCAAAUUUGAAACUUUAUCUUAGUUCCAAUUAAAUUGGUGAUGAAGGUGUAUUAGGCAUUGGUGCUGCUUUAGCAAAGUGCACUAAUCUCUCAAAUUUGACACUUAAUCUUGAUUGGAGUGAAAUUAGUGAAAUUGGUGCAUCUGGCUUAAGUUCUGUUUUAGGAAAGUGCACUAACCUCUAAAAUUUGACACUUUUUAUACUGUACAAUUAAAUUGUAGAAGAAGAUGUGUCAUGCUUAGGUUCUGGUUUAGAAAUAUGCACUAAUCUCUCAAAUUUGACACUUUAUCUUGGAUACAAUAAAAUUGGUGAUGCAGGUGCAUCAGGAAUAGGUUCUAGUUUAGGAAAGUUUAGUAAUCUCUAAAAUUUAACACUUGAUAUUAGGUAAAAUUAAAUUAGUGAUGAAGGUGCAUCGGUUUUAGUUUCCCAUUUAGCAAAGUGUGCUAAUCUCUCAAAUUUAACACUAGAUCUUCGUUACAAUUAAAUUGGUGUUGGAUAUGCAGCAGGCUUAGGAUCUGCUUUAGCAAAAUGCACUAACCUCUCUAAUUUGACACUUAAUCUUGGUGUAAAUUAAAUUGGUGAUAAAAGUGCUACAGGAUUAGGAUCUGGUUUAGCAAAUUGCACUAAUCUCUAAAAUUUGACACUUAAUCUUUGUGAAAACUAAAUUAGUAGCUUAGGUGCAUCAGGCUUAGGUUCUGGUUUAAUAAAGUGCACUAAUCUUUCAAAUUUGACACUUGAGAUUGGGUACAAUUAAAUUGGUGAUGAAGGUUUAUCAGGCUUAUGUUCUGCAUUAGCAAAUUGCACUGAUCUCUCAAAUUUGGCUCUUGAUCUUCGUUGUAAUAAAAUUGGCUAUGAAGGUUCAUCGGACUUAGGUUCUGCUAUAGCAAAACUCGCUAAUCUUUCAAAUUUAAAACUUGAUCUUAAUGGAAAUUUAAUUGGUGAUGAAGGUGCAUCAUGUUUAAGUCUUGCUUUAGGAAAAUGCACUAAUCUCUCAUAUUUAACGCUUGGUCUUACUGGUAUUGAAAUUGGUGAUCUUGGUAUAUCGGAUAUAUAUUCUAGUUUAGGAAAUUGCAUUAAUCUCUCAAAUUUGAAACUUAAUCUUGGUGGAAAUUAUAUUGGUGAUGAAUGUGCAUAAGGCUUUGGUACUGCUUUAGCAAAGUGCACUAAUCUCUCAAAUUUGACAAUUAAUCUUGGGUAAAAACGCUUUAUUUUUAGAUUUAAUAUUUUUUGA